AUGGCGGCAAGCGGUGGUGGUUCCCGUAGUCAACUGAUUGCUAUAGCACUCCUUUUAAACAGGUACUUGCAAAAGCAACAAGAGAUAUCGGCACUUAACGCUGAAAUUGAUUCGUCUGGAAGUGAACUCGAGAGACUUGAGGACCGAAUGCUCGUGAAUAGCAUGCUAUUGACAGCUGCGCUGACGGACCAGUUCCCUACGAUAGAUCGUCAACUUUGGAUGCAUCCGCGGGAUGACAAAUGGUUCGAGAAGACUCUUCCGCUCCUCGGUGAAGAGAACUUCAAGCAGUCGUUACGUGUAUCCCCUUCAACGUUUAAGUACUUGGUUGAUGUGUGCCGACCAAGGAUGGAGAGGUUGCCAACCGCGAUGCGGGAAGCAAUCCCUGUGGAGAAACGGGUCGCAAUCAGCCUCUACCGACUCGGCUCGUCCGCUGAAGAUAGAACGGUCGCAAAUUUGUUCAGCGUCGGUCGGUCAACUGUAAACGAGAUCUUCAGGGAAUUCUGCGCCGUGAUUGUGUCGGAGCUUGAAAAAGGCGCAGUGAGAAUGCCUACACAAGAAGAAAUGAAUCGUCAAGUUGAGUCGUUUGAGGCCGCACUUGGUUUCCCUCAAGCCAUGGGAGCCCUUGAUGGCUGCCACUUUCCUGUAUCGCCACCAAAGGAAUUUGCUCCAGAUUACCAUAACUACAAAGGCUGGUACAGCAUCAUACUUCUCGCCCUUGCAGACCACAAGUACCAGUUCCGUUACGUCAAUGUUGGAUCCCCUGGCCGAUGCCAUGAUUCUCAUGUGUACCAUCGUUCGAGCCUGUGUGGACUUGUCCAAAGUAGCCUCUUUGAGUCUUCAAGAAUGGUGCUUCAAGGAGUCAACAUCCCAGUGCUGAUACUUUGUGAUCAAGCUUUUCCACUCACACAAAACCUCAUGAAGCCCUUCCCACACAUUGGAACGCUGACACCAGCACAAAGAAGGUUCAACUACCAACUCUCACAAGCGAGACGUGUAGUGGAGAACACUUUUGGUCGUCUAAAGGCAAGGUUUCGGUGUGUGCUGAAACGAAUGGAAAACGACAUUGAGAACGUCCCAAUGACAAUCCGGGCAUGUUGUGUGCUCCGCAACUUUUGUGAGGGAUUUAGCGAUCAGGUGGACCAACGGUGGAUGACUGUUGUUCAGGAAGACAUGACCGGAAUCGAACAACCAGGCCACCAGUGCACUGCCAGAGAAGGACGUGCCGUCAGUGUCCGAAAUGCGCUGGCAUAUUAUUUCCAUCAGAGGGAGGAAUAG